AUGUCCGCCGCUACGGGAUCGAUUCAAAACCUUUUUAAACUCUCAAAUGCUUCUCAUCUCCAGCCUCCAGCCUCCAGCCUCCAGAACAGAGCACAUCGACCUACGUCCACGAUGUCUUCCCUCAUCUUCUUCAUCUCCUUCCUUCUCUUUAUCUCGCAUUUGCCGAGUACCCUCUCCAUGCCGCGCUCUACUCUUGUCACGGUGCUAUCGUGCCGCGAAUUGUGCAAGCCCUCCGCCUUCCGUGCUUCUUGCCGCAAACCGCCGAUUUCUAAUAUCUGCAGGGCCUCUAGUUGUGAGUGUCCGCGAGACACCCGCAAGCUCCGCGUCACAUGCGGUGGAAGCGGCUGUCUAUCCAAAUCGGUUGGGAGUUCUGUUCGGACGCAAGUCUCUACCUUUCCAGUUAACCUGGUCUCUUGGUCUGUGAACGGCGUGGCUUAUGAUCGACGCAAGCGCAGGUCAGGUUCAUGUAGGAUCCUCAUCAAGGGAACGUACAGACCCCGUGUCAAAAAGCUUUUGACAACUGCUCAGAUGCGAAAGGUGCUUAACGAAGUACUUGGUUCCCUCUCUAAGGCCGGAACAGGAAGGUUUAUGUGUGAUAAGCAGUUUGCCACUGUUGUACGAAGGGCGACGAACCGCAUCCUAUAGAGCAUCAUUGAGAAAUGCGGGGUAUUGUACCUUGCACGUUAAGGAAUAUAGAUGAGAUGUUGAGAAUGAGACUAAACUGAAACCGCCUUAUUUGCGUUUUAA